AUGUCUAGCAAUCAAUCCGUCGCAGGGACAAAAGUAAGAAAAAGAAGAUGUGCUGUGCUGAAAAGUUUUUCUAUCUCGAAGGCAUACACAGAUCCUAUGUUCUUUAAAACUUUUAGAGAAAAUUUUUUCGACAGAAGGCCGUUUCCACAUUAUUUAUUUCAAAAUUUCAUCGAAAAUUCAUCAGGGGUUGUUGAAGAUUUGGAAUUGGAACUGCAGGAAUUCCCGAAUUGGAAGCGCAAAGAAAAUGAUUUGUAUUCUUUGUAUCAAACAAAUGAUUUCAAAAGUUUUAAAACUUUUCAAUAUCCUGAACUUUACUCCUUCCGGCAGUUCUUGAGCCAAGAAGUGAAGGUAUUUUUACAAAACAUAACAGAAGUGGAAUUAAUCGAGGAAAUAGAUGUUAAUGGGAGUUGCUACUCUGAGUUUGAUGGUCUCCUCCCUCAUAACGAUUUGAUAGAGACAAGGAAAUUUGCAUUUGUUUAUUACUUGAGUCCAUAUGUUUGGAAAAAGGAAUAUGGUGGACAGCUUAUCUUAUUCAAUUCGGAUAAUGAGGAACUACCAGUAACGGAAGCGAAAGAAAUAUAUCCCGCCAGGAAUGCUCUGAUGAUUUUCGAAGUUUCGAAUAAAUCAUGGCACGCAGUUAAAGAAAUUAUGACUAAGAGUUAUCCAAGACUAUCUAUUAACGGAUGGUUUCACUCUCUUAAACCACAGCAUAAAGCAGUAUCGAACUCCACUACUAAUUUGAUUUCUUUUCAUAAUCCACUGAAAAAAGGUGUUCCACAGUUUGACGUGUUUCUGAAUGAUUGGUGCAAAAACGACGCAUGUAUCAGUAAUGUGCAAGAGAAAUUCGCCGAUACUUCCGAAUGUUGCAUAGCGCAGUUCCUAAAGGCAAAUCAUUUAAAUUUACAUCUUAGCGGCGAAUAUUUUCCCAUAUUUAAGAUGCAGUGUCAUAAUGAGAUGUUGAACAUAUUACGAUGUUCGGAGUUUGAGGAGGUCGGCCCUCUCAAUAAAUGUAAAAUUUAUGAAAACCUAACACGGAAUCGAAAUUCGAGCUUGUCACAAUUUCUCAACUCUUUCAGAACUACAGAAGCUUUGAAGUUCAUUUCCAGACUUACAGGAUGUAUGAUGAAAGAUUGCAAAAUCAGCACUUCUGUUUACAAGAUUCUCAAAGGGUGCUAUACAGUAGUAGGAGAUGACGAUCUUCUCCAGUUCCAGCACAAGGAUUAUGCAUUAGAGACUUACCUUUUCCUAGGCGAAGGACAAUGGUCUAAAGACUUCGGUGGAAGAAUUUCUUAUAUCGGAAACGACGAUGAAGAGGAAUUGGUUACAUUUUAUCCUCAAAGUAACAGUUUUACAAUGGUCUUACGCGAUUCAGGAGCUGCAUCUUUCUUAAAAUAUAUAAAUUCUAGUUGUUGUAUUGAAGUAUACAUGAUAUGUAUAAGAUAUCAUAAUGUGAAAAUUGAGAACGAUUGA